AUGGCGUGGAAGGAGUUGCACAGCUUAGUCAGCAAUUUGCAUUCCUUCCCUCGACUUAUGUGGCAAGACACCUCAUACAACUCAUCCUCUUCUCAAAAUGGCUUUUAUACCCAAUCCCAAGGAGCACCCCUUCAAUUCUACUCUCCAGUUGCUCCAGUAGUCGACGCGGGCUUCUACCCCGGUUCACGACCCAGUUUAGACGAAGCUCAGGGAAACAUUGCAGCGGGGGGUGCAUUCGGAGGAAACAUACAACCUCAGGGGGGCUGGUGGACGGCAUUUGGUACUGGAGGAUUAGAAGGAGAGCCGCCUUUACUGGAAGAGCUUGGAAUCAACUUUCCUCAUAUUCGUAUGAAGUCAAGGACCGUCCUCAAUCCACUCAGUCGUGUCGACGAGCGUAUAAUGGAUGACGCAGAUUUAGCUGGACCUAUCCUUUUCAUCUUCUGUUUCGCGACAUCUCUACUCUUUUCUGGCAAACCAAAUUUCGGCUACAUAUACGGUGUUGGACUCUUCGGGUCCAUCUCUAUCUAUAUCCUUCUCAACUUAAUGUCCGAAAAACGCAUUGAUGCUUAUCGGGUCGCGUCGGUUUUGGGGUAUUGUUUACUUCCAUUGGUGGGGGUAGGCGCACUGAGCAUCAUGGUUACAUUAGAUGGCAUGUUUGGUUACAUUCUUUCUCUACUCUCUAUUAUAUGGUGUACAUAUUCCGCGUCGGGUAUCUUCGUUGCAGUUCUUCGAAUGUCUGAUCAACGUUUACUGGUCGCAUAUCCUAUUGGGUUACUCUAUGGUUGUUUCGCCCUCCUUAGUGUGUUUACUGGACGGUAG